AGCUUCGCUGGGAACUGGCAGGCCCGCAACCCUGCCUCCCGCCCUGGUGGCGGGUACCGACUUGCCCAGCUGUGCGUGCUGCAGCCUGCCGGAGUGCCACCAGGUCGGCUGACGGGAGCCACACGAGCUACGUGUACCAGCGCCCCCAUGCCUGCCCGGUGCCCGCUGGAGGCUUGCUGCCCGGGCCCGCAGGCCUCUCCAGCCCCCGGGUCUGCUGUUUUGGGACUGAUCUGGCCAGGCAGGCAGGAGUGACAAGCACUACCCCCUCCAACUUGGGCCCUCUCUUCCUCCACAGCUGUGUGGCCGGGACACAGGCUCACCCCCCAUGUCUGGCCCCCUUCCACCACCCCCCAAACCCGGCCCACGUGUUCCGCUCAGCCACCGACUCAGGGCCUCAGAUGCCUUGGAAGAGGACUCAGUCUGCUGUGUGGAAGAGGAGGAAGAAGGUGUGGCGAUAGGAGACAAGGGUGUUGUCUUGGGGAGCCCCAGGGACCAUGGCCUGGACUGGGACUCCGGCUUCUCUGAAGUGUCAGGCAGCACAUGGAGAGAGGAAGAGCUGCCUGUACUCCAGCACCCAGCACCCCCAGCGUGGCCCCCCCACAGACAGCGCCUCUCGGCCAGUGGCAUUCCCCUGCCCAGCCGCGCUCCGGGGGCCAGUGCACCACCUGCCCACCGACCACGGCCCAAGUCCACCCCAGAUGCCUGCCUGGAGCAUUGGCGGGGGCUGGAAGCUGAGGACUGGACAGCAGCCCUGCUGAACAGAGGUCGCAGUCGCCAGCCCCUAGUGCUGGGGGACAACUGCUUUGCUGACUUGGUGCACAACUGGAUGGAGCUGCCAGAGGCAGCGGGUGAGGGGGACGAUGGAGGAGGGCCCCGUGCCCGUGCUCGGCCCCCUCAGUUCUUGCUUGGGCUCUCUGAGCAGCUGCGGCGCCAGCUGGCCAGGGCACGCAGGGCGGCUAUGGCGGGAAAGAGACUAUCGUGCCCACCUCGCCCGGAACCCGAGCUGCCUGCAGAUGUCUCACGCUUUGCAGCUCUCAUGCGCUGCCGCAGCCGCCAACCCAUCAUCUGCAGUGAUGUCAGCUACCUCUGACCCUGCCCUCCAGCCUGGGACAAUAAAAGGCCUUUCUCUGGACUA